GUAGUCUUUGGUUCGGAUUCUGUUCUCUUUUGGUUUUCACACCCUUUGUUUCUACCUUCGUCGCCAUAUUGUUACUCCGUUGCUUUCUGGGUUUCUCUUGUUCUUGAAAACAUGGCAGCGAUUUAUAAACAGGAGGUCGAAGAAGACGAAGAAACACGAACGAUUGAUCUUAGAAUCAAUGGAGAUGAGGGUCCAGCAUCUAGCAAUAAGCAUACCAAGGAAGACUCACAGCUUGCUCCUAAAGAAGAGCCGGGUACUGAGGCGGCGAUAGGCGUGAUGCCUGUGGCGGUUCACGUUCCAUCGGCGAUACCGUUGUCAUCGGCGGCGCCGCCGAAAAGAGCGUCCACGAAGGAUCGUCACACGAAAGUUGAAGGGCGGGGUCGGAGGAUCCGAAUGCCCGCCACAUGUGCGGCUCGUAUCUUCCAGCUGACCCGUGAACUUGGCCACAAGUCGGAUGGUGAAACUAUCAGGUGGCUAUUGGAGCACGCCGAGCCCGCGAUAAUUGCGGCCACCGGUACCGGCACCGUUCCAGCCAUCGCCAUGUCGGUGAACGGCACACUGAAAAUUCCCACCACGUCAAACUCAAACCCCAACGAUCCCAACGCUAAGAAGAAACGUAAACGACCUUCCAACAGCGAGUACGUGGACAUAAACGACGCCGUAUCAGCCUCCUCCGGUCUAGCUCCUAUAACCGCCGCUCCACCCCAACAGCAACAACAGCAACAACAACCAACGGUAGUGCCGCAAGGGCUGGUUCCAGUCUGGACUAUUCCAUCAAACGGCGUCGUUCCAGGUGCGUUCUUCAUGGUCCCACCUAUACCGUCCCUCGCCGGGCCGUCGAAUCAACCUCAAAUAUUUGCAUUCCCAGCUUCUGCCACGCCGUUUAUUAACAUUUCAGCAAGGCCGAUAUCGUCUUUCGUAUCAGCCAUGCAAACCAGUCCCGUUCAACUUCAAAGCAGCGCGGCGGUUUCGAGUUCAGGUAAAGCGGCGUCAGUUAUGGCUCCAAGCUCGAGUUCUGCCCCAACGACAACCACUACAAGUAGUGCUACUCAAAUGCUUAGAGAUUUCUCUUUAGAAAUUUACGACAAACAGGAACUGCAGUUAAUGGCUCGCUCAUCAAAGCAUUGACCCUUCAGAAAGAAAAUCUAACAACGUGCAGUUUCCGUUGGUGGCUUCUUAAUUUGUCGGCGAAUCCAUCCGCCAUUGACGAGCAAGCUCGAAGUCGUGGGAGGGGAAAAGCACGUGGUCACGUGAGGAGAGUUAUAAAGUUGUGCACGUGUAAAGUGGGGUCCGCAAUUGUGGUGGGUCAAAACUCAGCAUAAAAGGGCAAAGCGGGGGGAGGCGGGGUACUCCGUGGACCGUGCAAACGAAUUGAUUUUUCUUUUUUUUGGGGUUUUCCAAUUUGUGCGGGGGCCAUCUCGUCGUGCAUGUGAGGUGUGAUGUGGGGCGCGGGUCCCAAUAGGUAGAUUGUGGGCCCUGCGGGACCGGUAGGCUUACAUUGUUCCCGAGGCGGCCGGGUGGUGGUCCCCACGGUUAGUUUGGUGGUCUGAUCGAGAUAUGUGGGCCAAAAGCUUAGGCUGGAACGGGUGACACGUGUCUAAAGGUUUGCUGUUGAUGGUGGGACACACGUGGGGUCCUAUGGUGACGGGUCCACAACAACACAAGAUAACGUGAUCUUGAUGAAGAAGAGAUGAUGGUGGUGAUGAUGGUAUCGGAUGCGCCCCCCGAUAUUUUCUUUUCUUAGUUAUGACAUUUGCUUUUUGACUUGUGGAAAAAUAAAUGAAAAUGAAAAUGAAUUUCCUUGUAUGAU